AUGGUUUUUAAGACGGAGGCCAAACCUAACUAUGAGCAGGCAACCCUGCGCUUCGUGCCAACUUCGCAAUUAUGUAGCGGACACGAAUCUCUGUUGGCCAAGUCCUACCUAAAAAUGUUCUGCACCUAUGGAAACACAUUCGGACUGAAAAAUGUGGGCGACUAUCCCCCGACGGCUAUUCCCCUCCAAUCAGUUCAGGUUAACACUAGCAUCAUAAAUGCCACGGCAGACGUGGUCUGCAACUUCGCUUUUCGCAAUGACUCGGACAAGACUCUGGAGACGGAAUUCUCCUUCCCCCUGGAUUCAGAUUCAGCUGUCUAUCACUUCGAGGCAAAAAUAGGAGAAAAACGUUUAAUUGCUAAGUGCCGGGAGCGUGUGGAGGAUCGCCACAUCGCCAAAGCCAAGCGUGACAAAUUUCCUGAAUAUUCGUUGCAAGCUGAAGUCUAG